AUGUCUGCCCCUGUUAAGCUCCUGGAGUACCUGAACAAGGUGACGGUGCUGGACAUGCAGCUGAGGAAACCCUGGCACUUCCUGUGCUCCGCCUGGCUGAGCUCCACCAAGGGGGACGGCUUUAUAAAGAAGACCUUCGACUCGGCCAAGAGGGAAGAGCUCACCAGCUUCAGGAACCUGUUUCAGACCAGGACGUCCUCGGGUUUCCGGGACGAGCACAUCUGGGUGUCUGUGGUGGACCCCCCUCGCCGAAGCCCCUUCUCCCGGGCCCAGCGCGUGUCCUGCUGCAUGUGCCUCCUCCUCUGCACCAUGGCCAUCAACAUCAUGUUCUGGAACAAGCCGCAGGACCAGGAGUCUCCCGUCAUCUUCAGCAUCGGCACCAUGAACGUGACCUGGGAGGACAUCAUGAUUGGGGUGGAGAGCGGCCUGCUCAUGUUCCCCAUCAACAUCCUCAUCAUCAGCAUCUUCCGCAGCAUCAGGCCCCGCCCCCUCCCGUCAGAGAGACGCGACGACGCCCAGGACCGGCAGCGCGUCCCCACCGUAGAAACCUUCCUCAAGGACACCGAGGCUCUGGUGACCAUCCUGAGCGCCAACAGCAAGAACAGAGUGCCGCCUCUGGAGAAAAACGUGGAGACGUUCAACGACCUCUACGUCGCCCUGUCCUCGGUCCAGGGGGUCCUCCAAAUCAUGCAAGAUCUGGGGCAGGACAACGAAGACGACCACUGGUGCCACUGCAGCCACUUCGUCCUGCACUAUCUCUACCACCUGCAGAACCUCCUAAACGAGAUCGGGGCCGGGGUCUUCUCCAGCCGAGAGGACUACCAGUGGCUGCAGAACACCCUGGCCCUGCUGCAGAAGAAGGCGGAGACCAUGUACACCACCCUCGCGCCGCGGGGCCUCACAACAGCCCCAAAGGAAGAGAAGAAGUCCGGCUGCUGGCUGCCCUGGUGGUUUGUGUUCGUGGGCUGGCUUCUGCUGUUCUCCAUCAGUGGCAUCUCCACCUUCUUCACCCUGCUCUACGGCUUCGUCUACGGCAAGGAGGCCUCCACCCAGUGGGCCAUCUCUCUGGCCCUGUCCCUCUUCCAGAGCAUCUUCAUCCUGCAGCCGCUAAAGGUGGUGGGCGUGGCAAUCUUCUUCGCCCUGUUCCUGAAGACGGUGACGGUGGAGGAGAGCGACGAGGUCGAGGGCCUGCUGAAAGAACAACAGGAGAGGUGUAGAUUGUUUUCCCAGAGGUCAAGGCCCUGAGAGACUUUAUGGAAGAAUGAUGAUGAUGAAGACCCACCUACUGCCUACUAAGAGGAAUUUGUAGGACUUCAUGGGAAUUUAUGGAAUUUAUGCCCCCCCACCCCACCCCCCCAAUCAUUUUGUGAUUUAUAAUGCCUUAAUCAGCAGAGAAUAGAACUACUCUGUCUGUGAUUCACUGACACCAGGAUGGUAAAUGGUCACUACUUUUCCUCAUAAUAUUCUGGUGAAUGAGAAAUAAACUAAACAAACCUGUUAUAAGUUCUUUUAAAGUAGAUAAUGUAAAAUAUUAGAAUUUCUUUUUUAUCAUAGAGAUUUUUCACUCUGAUAUUCAGAUCAUGAGCUUUUUGAAUAGUGUACAUAAUGCAAUACGUGUAAAUGCUGAAAUGGAAUACACUUUUGAUAUCUACUUAUGUCUGCUGAUGUCACGAAUGUGGGAGGUUUAGUCCUCCAGCUCUACCAGAUUUUCCAUAUCUAUGGUAUUCAACUUAAACAUUAAAAAGCCUGCCAUUUAAAAAUGGCAGUUGCACAAUAUUUAGAAUGAAGUGUGUAACAUUUUAGUGAGCAGAUAGGCAAAGCUAAAAACGUACUGUACGAAAUUACUAGAUGGGUUGGAUUUGAUGUUUCAUGAGGGUGUGGUGGUUCAUCGCUUGGUUUGAACAUCGGAGAAAAAAUUUGCUUAGGCAGGAUUACUUCCCCACAUUCCGUGUGCCAUGACAUUCUCUGGACUUUUAAAAAUUAAUGACUAACGCAGUCCGUAGGCCGCAAAAGCCUCACCAUUCCCUGGGGAUGCACUGAAGGCCAAAUUAAUUAAAUGUUUGCGGGGAUCCUUCGCACCCUCAGAAGUUCCACGGAGUAUGCAUUUUACCGUGAUAUUUACUGAGCGCCAGCGAAGAUAUUUGCAUAUAUUAAACAAAGUGUGUUCCGAAUGUGCCUCAGCCCUAAUGCACGUACAAUUGUGGAUGCAUUCAGAGAGAGAUAGAGAGAGAGAGAGAGAGAGAGAGAGCACUAAAUAAGGAAGUGGAUUAAUGCGAUCGUAAUGCAAUGAGGCCUAAUGAGGUGCGCUCACUGCUUGAGCUGUGACUGCAGGUCUUCUUACGGACAUUUGACAGGAACAGGUGCAAGCUGCCACUAAGGCUGUGAGAGAGAGAGAGAGAGAGAGAGAGAGAGAGAGAGAGGCCGCUUGCAAAAUAAAUUGUGGCGACUGGUCGUGAGAGUGAUUAGAUCACUACCGUAGCUGAAUGGCAUUAGAUUCAUUAAUUUCCCCUUCCUUUCACUGUGCUACCUCAUCUGGUUCAAACUAGUCUCAUCAAUGAAUGUUUGCCCAUUAAUUCAUUCUCAUGUCUUAGAAUGAAACUGCUUGCUACUGUUAUUGUAAAAAUUAGGUGGUACAGCUGAUCCUUUUUAUUUAAAGUUUUAAAUUGUCAUUUGUUAUAAUUUUGUAUCAUUAAUGUUAUGAUAUGAAUGCGUAACUAUCCAGAUAAAAUGAUUUUAUUUAUUUUAUUUAAUCAUGAUCGGAGCACUAGAAAAGCAACAGAAAAAAACCUGCUGUCAUUCUUGUGGUGGAUAAGGGGAUAAUAAAGUCAUGAGCCAUGUGAGAAAAAUAAUAUAACCAUUUCUGUGAUUUAACCCUUUGCUGAACAAAUAGUAUGAGUAUUGGCACCAUAUACCAAAUAUUUGCAGUGUUUUUUUAAGAGUCCAUCACACCCUUUUUAAAACAAAAUGUGGAGUAAAGACCUGCUCUUUCCUUAAUGUACCACAGCGAUUUAUGGAAGACCUUUCAAAUUACUAUUGUU